UUUUUCGAGCGUCGUUUUUCACACAUUAAUGUGUAUGUGGUCGGUAAGUCAAACAUUCAUUUUCACACACCCCAAGUCACUUGGGAAACCCCCCACGAAACCAUCUCUAAAACGGGUCUUCUUGUUUAUCUCCACUUUCUUCCUCUGAUUCAUUCCCCAUGCAUCUAUAAACUCAUCUCCUUUUCUUUUCCGUUGAUCCAAAAAAACAACAAUCUUUUGAUCUCUUAGAUGGCAUCUGUUAAGGUUGAUUUUGAGGUUGGAAAUGAUGGGGUUGCUGUUAUCACCAUGUGUAAUCCACCUGUUAAUGCUCUAGCACUUCCAAUUAUUAGAGCGUUGAAAUACAAAUUCGAUGAAGCGGCAAGGAGGAAUGAUGUAAAAGCUAUAGUUUUGACUGGUAAAGGUGGCAGAUUUUCUGGUGGGUUUGACAUUGGUGUUAUGCAGAAAGUUCACCAAACUGGUGAUAUUACACUUGUUCCUGAUGUAUCUGUGGAGCUAGUUGUCAACUCAAUUGAAGAUUCGAAGAAGCCUAUCGUUGCAGCAGUAGAGGGACUUGCUCUUGGAGGUGGAUUAGAAUUGGCCAUGGGAUGUCAUGCACGUGUUGCUACUCCGAGAGCUCAACUGGGCCUGCCAGAGCUGACACUUGGUGUUAUUCCCGGAUUCGGAGGUACACAGCGUCUUCCAAGGCUUGUUGGGACGUCUAAAGCAGUUGAAAUGAUGCUGACAUCUAAACCAAUCACGUCGGAAGAAGGGCAGAAACUAGGACUUAUUGAUGCUAUUGUAUCUUCUGAGGAGUUACUAAAGGUAGCUAGGCUGUGGGCUCUUGAAAUUGCCGAAAAGCGCAAACCUUGGGUUCGUUCACUUCAUAGGACAGACAAACUUGGUUCCGACGCACGCGAGGUGUUGGCAAAUGCCAGACAACGUGUCAAGAAGACUGCUCCACAUUUGCCUCAGCAACAAGCUUGCGUAGAUGUGAUUGAACAUGGGAUACUUCACGGAGGUUACAGUGGAGUUUUAAAGGAAGCUGAAGUAUUCAAGAAACUAGUCCUGUCUGAAACCGCCAAAGGUUUAAUUCAUGUCUUCUUCGCUCGGAACACAAUAUCGAAGGUUCCUGGCGUAACUGAUAUUGGACUUAAGCCUAGAAAUGUGAGAAAAGCUGCUGUUAUUGGGGGAGGUCUAAUGGGUUCUGGCAUUGCUACCGCACUUAUACUAGGCAACAUUCGAGUUGUGCUCAAGGAAGUCAAUUCAGAAUAUCUUCAGAAGGGAUUAAAAACGAUAGAAGCAAAUAUCCGCAGCUUGGUAACAAGAAAAAAGCUAACUCAACAGAAGGCAGAGGGAGCUCUCUCAUUGCUUAAAGGUGUUCUUGAUUACACAGAAUUUAAAGAUGUGGACAUGGUCAUUGAGGCUGUAAUUGAAAAAAUUAGUCUUAAACAAGAAAUAUUUAGCGAUCUUGAGAAGAUAUGUCCCCCACAUUGCAUUUUGGCUUCAAACACAUCUACAAUUGACCUCAACGUUAUUGGUGAAAAGAUAAGCUCUCAAGACCGUGUUAUCGGUGCUCACUUUUUCAGUCCUGCUCACAUUAUGCCUCUUUUGGAGAUUGUUCGGACAAAUAAAACUUCUGCUCAAGUUAUUCUUGAUCUGAUCGCAGUUGGUAAAGUCAUACAAAAGUCUCCUGUUGUGGUCGGUAACUGCACUGGCUUCGCCGUGAACAGAACGUUCUUCCCAUAUGCACAAGGUGCCCAUUUAUUGGUCCACUUAGGUGUCGAUCCUUUCAGAAUCGACAAAUUGAUAACCAAUUUUGGCCUUCCCAUGGGUCCUCUCCAGCUUCAGGACCUGGCCGGCUACGGAGUUGCUGUAGCAGUUGGAAAAGAAUUUGCUGGUGCAUUUCCUGACCGCACAUUCAAAAGUCCACUGGUUGAUCUUUUGAUCAAAAGCGGGCGAAACGGAAAAAAUAAUGGGAAAGGAUACUACAUUUAUGAAAAGGGUAGCAAACCAAAACCCGACCCUUCCGUACUACCAAUCAUCGAGGAGUCUAAAAGAAUUUGCAAUAUUGCUCCCAAUGGAAAGCCAGUAUCUGUCUCUGACCGAGAGAUUGUGGAGAUGGUACUCUUUCCAAUAGUGAACGAGGCUUGUCGCGUUUUAGAAGAAGGAGUUGUUAUCCGAGCAUCUGACCUCGACAUUGCAUCUAUUCUUGGAAUGAGCUUCCCAAGUUAUCGUGGCGGCAUUGUUUUCUGGGCUGAUCUGGUUGGGGCUAAGCAUAUAUAUAGCAGCCUAAAGAAAUGGACACAAUUAUAUGGUAGCUUUUAUAAACCAUCAAGGUAUUUGGAAGAAAGAGCAACAAAAGGCAUUCCUUUGAGUGCACCUGCUUUAUCUAAUCCGACGACGAAGGCGCGUCUGUGAGAAUGUGAGAAGGAGAUUAUCUUACAAAGUUUUUCUCAAGUUGGAUGUUCUAAGAUAUAGGGAAUUUAGCUCAUAAGUUUAAUUAAUAAAUAAAAUUAUAUUUCCUUAUAUUAUAUAUUCCCACACUAAUAAAUGUUUUUUUUUUCCUUUCAAAAAGUGUGCUCUUAAGAGUUUGACUUACCAUUCCAAAAACUAGUUUGUUGCAAGUCAAUUUUUGUCUGCUAUGGCCCCUUGCUCCUUCAGGGUGUGUUUGUUUUAGAUGAAGUAGAAAAGAGAGAUGUUUGGUUUGGUGAGGAAUAGGGGAGAGAGAAUGAAAUUGUGUGGAUCCCAUUACUUUUUCUAAUCAUCCCACAAAUGAGAAGAAAAAGGAGAAAGAAACAAUUAUUUGAGUUAUUCCA